AUGUUGCUAAAGCGAUAUGGGAUUCAGCACGUCUAUACAGCUGUUCAUGCUCCCCAAUCCAAUGCUUCGGAACGGGUCAAUAGAUCAGUGUUAGCGGCAAUAAAAUCCUACGUGAACCCAGACCAUAAAAAUUGGGAUGAACUUCUGAGCAGCGUGUGUUGUUCUCUGCGUUCAUCAGUGCAUUCAGGUAUUGGAACUAGUCCUUAUUAUCUCACGUUUGGUCAAAACAUGAUUACGAAUGGUGCCACCUACUCCCUGCUUCGGCAGUUGGAGAUGUUGGAGGAUAGGUCAGUACGGUUCAAUAGGAACGACUCUCGUGACAUUGCGGCAAGAAAAGCUUUGGAUGUACAACAAAAACAGUUUGCUCGAAAUGAAAAAACGUACAAUUUGCGUUCUCGUGAGGUAACCUACGAGGAAGGUCAGGAAGUUUUCAGGCGGAAUUUCAAACAAAGCUGUUUUGAGCAAGGGUAUAAUGCCAAACUUGCUCCAACAUUUUUAAAAGCCCGUAUACGGAAGAAAAUAGGCAAUUAUUAUUAUGAACUAGAAGAUCUGAAAGGCAAUCUAGUAGGCACAUAUCACGCUAAGGAUAUUCGCCAAUAG